AUGCCAGCUUUUAGUACCUCUACUGCUAAUAGCACUACAACCGAUGGUACUAUGCGACCUAAAUUUAACAAAGAUCUCAAACAGGUCCUCGAAACCGUCAGUGAUGGAUUACGAAAGAUUUACAAACAAAAAUUGUUACCAUUGGAAGAAUAUUACAGAUUUCAUGAUUUUCAUUCACCAGCACUUGAUGAUCCCGACUUUGAUGCCAAGCCAAUGAUACUUCUAGUGGGACAGUAUUCAACGGGAAAAACUACAUUUAUCCGAUAUUUAUUAGAAGAAGAUUUCCCGGGAAUCAGGAUAGGACCUGAGCCAACCACUGAUCGAUUCAUAGCUGUAAUGUGGGGUGACGAUGUUGGCUCGAUUCCUGGCAAUGCACUCGUUGUUGAUUCUAAGAAACAGUUCAGAGCAUUGAGCAGAUUUGGAAAUGCAUUUCUCAAUCGAUUCCAGUGUUCAACGCUAAAUAAUGAAGUGUUGAAAAGUGUUACUAUCGUGGAUACACCCGGGAUAUUGAGUGGAGAAAAGCAGAGGAUUGAUCGAGGAUAUGAUUUCACGGGUGUUUUGGAAUGGUUCGCGGAGCGCGUAGAUCGGAUUAUUCUAUUGUUUGAUGCUCACAAGUUAGACAUUUCAGAUGAGUUCAAACGUUGCAUCGAAGCACUAUCAGGAAAUGAAGAUAAAAUCAGAAUUGUUUUGAACAAGUCUGAUAUGGUUGAUCAUCAGCAAUUAAUGCGCGUGUAUGGAGCACUGAUGUGGUCUUUGGGAAAGGUAUUUAAAACACCAGAAGUAUCACGAGUAUAUAUUGGUACAUUCUGGGAUCAUCCCUUACAUUUCGACAUAAAUCGAAGGCUUUUCCAAGAUGAGCAGCAUGAUUUGUUCGCCGAUUUGCAAGCUUUGCCCAGGAAUGCAGCAUUACGAAAGCUCAAUGAUCUUAUCAAACGGGCUAGGCUUGCUAAGGUGCAUGCAUAUAUCAUAGCGGAAUUACGCAAACAAAUGCCUUCAAUGAUUGGUAAGGAGAAAAAAAAGAAGGAGCUUAUUCAAAAUCUUGAUAAAAUAUUCGAACAGCUACAGCGUGAACAUAAUAUUUCGGCAGGAGAUUUUCCGGAUAUCAAUAAAAUGCGUGAACAUUUACCGGAUUAUGAUUUCACCAAGUUUAAUCCAAUCAAGCCGAAAUUGUUGGAUGUUGUUGAUGGAAUGCUUGCUUCUGAUAUUGGUAUGCAAUUCAAUAUAUUUAAAAAAUGGCUGCUAUUGCUAAUGAGUGUUCAUGGUGGCGCUUUUGACCAAGCUGUUGAAUCAGAAACUCCGUUUGGUUUUGGUAAAGGAGAAGGUUUCGAUAAGGGUGCUAAUGAAUCCGGUUGGGUAGUUGCUCGAGAAAGAUAUAAAGCAGAUGAAUUGUUUGAAAGUUUGGACCCUAUAGAUGGCAAAAUAACAGGUCGAGCUGCAAAGGAGCAUAUGGUCAAAUCGAAAUUGCCAAAUGCUGUAUUGGGAAAAAUAUGGAAAUUGUCAGAUGUUGAUAAUGAUGGAAUGUUGGACAGUGAUGAAUUUGCCCUUGCUAAUUAUUUAAUCAAUUUGAAACUUGAAGGACACGAAUUGCCAACUGAAUUGCCGAAACAUUUGGUUCCGCCAUCGAAGCGCGAUCCCAUUUAUCCUUCACUAAAUUCCUGA